CAUUCACUCGUUAUAAUCGAGUCUGGGUUAAGUUGUUUUUUCCUACUUCACAAACCUCAGAAUUCCUUGUCAUCAAAAAAAAAACCUCAGAAUUCCUACUUUCUCCCUUCAUGGAGUUUGCGAGCAGCAUUGCAGAUAACGUCUUGUGUAGGCUAGCUUCACAUGCUUCCCAAGAGAUCUCUUUGGCAUGGGGUGCCCAACUUCAGCUCACCAAGCUCAACAAGACCUUAUCUACCAUCAAACUAGUGCUUGAAGAUGCAGAGAAGAAGCAAGUGAGGAAUCCACUAAUCACUCGUUGGUUGGGAAAUCUCAAAGAUGUUUGCCAUGACGUUGAUGAUGUCUUGGACGAACUGGAGUUCCAAAAGUUGCGUUUGAAAGUGGAGGUCGACAACUGCAGGAGGAUCAAUGGAAAGGUACGCCAAUUUUUUACCCGAUGGAAUCCAGUAGUGUUUAACUUCAAAAUGGGACAUAAAGUGAAAGAGAUUAGAGAAAGACUAGCUGAAAUUGAUAAUGAAAGGAGAGAAUUUGCUCUCUUUGAGGUUGCUAAGAUAGCUGAAGAUCAGCAUGCGCCCCAAGGGAUGCACGAUAAUAAAAGAGAGACUGACUCUUUAGUGGAGGCUUCAGAUGUUAUUGGGAGAGAUGAUGAUAAAAAACAGAUUAUCAGCCAUCUCUUAAAUAACACUGAUAUCUCUAUUGAGGAGAAUAUUUCUGUUAUUUCCAUCCUUGGGUUAGGAGGGUUGGGAAAGACAACUCUUGCUAAAUUAGUGUAUAAUGAUAGGAUGGUAGAGGAGAAUUUUCAGAUAAAAAUGUGGAUAUGCGUCUCAGAAAACUUUGAUAUCCAAACAUUAAUUCGCGGCAUUAUCAGUGCUGCAAUUAAACAAAAAUGUGCGGAUGAAAGUUUGGACCUUAUGAAAAGAAGAUUGCAAGAUACUUUGCGAGGUAGAAGAUUUUUGUUAGUGUUGGAUGAUGUCUGGGAUAUGGAGCUGAUUGGAAUAACGAUUGAAAAAUGGAAUGACCUAAAAGGCUUGUUAAAUGUGGGAGCUAAUGGAAGUAAAAUCAUCAUAACAACAUGAAAUAGAUCAGUUGCUUUACUUGUGAAUCCCUUAUACAUGCAUUCUUUAGAAGGUCUUCCCCACAAAGACUGCAUGUCAUUGUUUAUCAAAAGGGCAUUUAAGAAAGGAGAGGAGCAGCACUAUCAACAUUUGAUAGAAAUUGGAGAAGAUAUUGUGAAGAAGUGUGGAGGAGUUCCUUUAGCGGUAACUACUGUAGGGAGCAUGCUCUAUUUGAAUAGAGAGCGACACCAUUGGUUGCGUGUCAUAGAUGAUGACAUGUGGAGUAUAGGGAAUGACAAUAUUUUACCUGCACUAAAAUUGAGCUAUGAUGCAUUGCCACAACACUUAAAACCGUGUUUUGCAUUUUGUUCACUUUUCCCAAAGGAUUAUGUAUUCAAUAGUCAACUAUUGGUUUCAUUGUGGAUGGCACAAGGCUACCUCAAGACAUCUAUGAAAAAUGAAGAUUUUGAACAUAUAGGUGAAGAGUAUAUAAGGCAGUUUUGCUCUAGAUCUUUGUUUCAAGUCGAGAUAGAUGUCAAAACAGCCAUAGCUUUUAAAAUACAUGAUCUAGUUCAUGAUCUAGUAAUUUCAGUGGCACAAAUAGAGUACUCCACAGUCAAUUUUCGUCCCUCUAGUGCUUUUGAAAUGGUUCAACAUGUUUCAAUAUCUGAAAAGGACUUGCUUGGAGAAGAGGCACAAGUUCCCGAAUUCAUGCUAAAGUCAAAGAAAUUGCGAACCAUUCUAGUUCCUAAAGAUGGUCAAAUGAGUCAACGUUUUGUGAACACAUGCAUCUCGAGAUUCAAAUAUAUGCGGGUGCUAGAUCUCAGUUGGUCGCCUCAGGAGGAGCUACCAAGUUCCGUUGGUAGUUUAUUUCAUUUGAGAUUUCUCAACUUGUCUGAAAAUUGGAAGAUAAAAAGGCUUCCCAAUUCCAUCAGUGAGCUGCUGAAUUUGGAGAGCUUGGCCCUAACCGGUUGUGACGCACUUGAGGAGAUACCCAAAGACAUAGGGAACCUGAUCAACCUCCGAUACUUGGGGAUAACUACACAACAGAAGUAUUUGCCAAAAGGAAUUAGACGCCUCACCUCACUUCAAUCUUUAUGUUUUGAUGGAUGUGUCAAUCUUAAAUCUUUGGGCGAAGAGAUCCAAUUCCUCAACAACCUUCGCACUUUGUCGAUUAGCAGGUGUAAUAAUUUGGAAUCGCUGCCACCAAAUAUGAAACACAUGACCGCUUUACAUAGUUUGGGUGUCGGUGGUGGUUGCGAGAAGCUUCAGAUGAUGAGAGCAGGGGAAGGUCCUCAAGGUCUUCGAUCAUUGAUUAUCAGGAAUUCAAGUUCGGAGGCUUUGCCCCCUUGGCUUGAAGAUUCUGCAGACACUCUACAGAGCAUAUGGCUUGGUGAAUGUCAUAAUCUCACGGCACUUCCGGAGUUGAUAAAGUUCACAUUGCUCGAGCAACUACGCAUUGAAGAAUGCUCCAAAUUGACGGCUUUGCCGCAAGAGUUGCAUUGCCUUACUGAGUUGAGAGAAUUGAAGAUUAUUGGUUGUCCUGAAUUGAGCAAAAGCUGCAAAAGGCAAUUAAAAGGUGAGGAGUGGUCAAAGAUGGCACGUCAGGUGAAGAUUACACUCGACAAUCACUUGGCCGACGGUAGGAUCGCGUACCUCACAAUUCCUCGAGUAAGGACGCAAGGACGAAUCAGAAUUCAAUGAAUUAGAGUGAUCUGGAGUAUUGAAUUGUUGAAAUUUGAGAUAAUUUUGAUUGAAUUGGGAAGUUUUGAUUGUGAUUUGUGUGCUGAUUGAUGUAAUUGCUUGGUGAAGCGUAGAGGUCAGAGGAAGAAGAGGGUCGCUAGCUACAAGGUGUACACUGUGGAGGGUAGCUGAAAGAGCUAAUAUGGACUGCUUUUAAGGAGGAGAUGGAGGUGUCAGAGAGGCUGGAGAGGGUGCAAAAGGUGUUGGAAAGUGCUGUGGAGGAUAUGGACUUGAUGGGGAGGCUUUUGGAUGAGCUUGAUAAGCUUCAGAAUCGGCCGCAGGAAUGUGACUUGGGUAUGGUGGAUGCGAAGAUUAGUAAGUUGAUGCCGGAUCUUGGGUUUGCGCCCAAGGAUGGGGACAGGUUGAUGGCUUCGUUUAGUAGUGGUUGGCAGAUGAGGAUGUCUCAUGGCAAGAUUUUGCUUCAGGACCCUGAUUUACUACUGCUGGAUGAGCCUACAAAUCACCUUGACCUUGACACAAUCGAGUGGCUCGAAGAUUAUCUCAAUCAGUAGGAUGUACCAUGGUUAUCAUAUCUCAUGGCCAAGCUUUUCUUGAUCAAUUGUGUACAAAAAUAGUGGAAACUGAUAUGGGUGUCUCCAGGACGUAUGAGGGAAGUUAUUCUGAGUAUUAUAUCGCAAAGGCAGCAUGGAUUGAAAGUCAAAAUGCUGCUUGCGAGAAGCAGCAGAAGGAAAUUGAACACACAAAAGACUUGAUACACAGGUUGGGCGCUGGAGCAAAUUCUGGCAGUGCGUCUUCUGCUGGAAAGGCACGCCUUGCCUUCUGCAAGUUCGUGGUAAAGCCAUCUACUCUGCUAGUUCUGGAUGAACCGACAAAUCACUUGGACAUUCCUUCAAAAGAGAUGCUUGAGGAGGCAAUAAAUGAGUACAAAGGCACUGUUAUCACAGUUUCUCAUGACCGAUACUUUAUAAAGCAAAUAGUUAAUAGAGUAGUGGAAGUUAAAGACAGAAGAUUGCAAGAUUAUGCAGGCAAUUACAAUUACUAUCUAGAGAAGAAUCUAGAUGCUAGGGAAAGAGAGCUCCAUCGGGAGGCAGAGAUUGAGGAGAAGGCUCCUAAAGUCAAAGCCAAAUCAAAGAUGUCUAAGGCUGAAAAGGAAGCUCGGAAGAAGCAAAAGAUAUGAUGCAGGCAUUCCAGCAAGCAAAGGCAAAAUCAAAAGGAAUAAAGAACGCUAAGAGAUGGAAUUAAAGUAGUUUAUUUUGAAGAGGCCCGCUUUACCAGCUAGUCGAUCAUGUAUGUAUAUACCAGUUAGCACAUUAAUAGAUUUCCAGGAACAAGUGAGGCCGCACCAGAAAUCCUGUACCUGAAGCAUCUGCUGUUUGCUCAUUAAUCGCAGAAUAUGGAACACAAGUACAUGCUUAUAAAAGCUAACCCACAUGAGAGCAGGAAUACAGGGUUUGAUUGUAUUGCAUAGAAUCUGUAAAUUUAUUGGCC